GGUGCCAAUUUCCACUCCGGACUUCAACGAAGCAGCGCCAGGAGGGGGACACGAAGUAGUGACGCGCCGGCGAUAGCGAAAGCGCACGAAGAGCAUGAGGCUCCUGAAGCUUAUUUGGCCGGUGUUGAAGGUCUAUUUAGUCGGCCUGAAAGUCCUGCUCUACCAGAUUUUCAACAAACCUUUCACUUUACCAGUUUUUCCCAAACAAAAUGGAAGGGUUGCCAUAGUGACGGGGGGUGCCAAAGGAAUGGGAUAUGAGACGGCGAGAUGUCUGACGAGCCUCGGAAUGCAUGUCGUAAUAGCUGGGAACUCAGAAGAAGAGGGUCUGGCAGCUGUGAAGAAAAUCCAAGAGGAGGAUGAUGAGAGGAAAGUGGAGUUCCAGCACCUCAACCUGGCAUCUCUGAAAUCCGUCCGCCAGUUUGUCCAGGCUUAUAAGAACCGAGCACUUCCACUGCACGUCCUGGUCAACAAUGCAGGCGUUAUGCUGGUUCCCGAGACAAAGACUCAAGACGGCUUUGAGCUUCACUUUGGCCUCAACUACUUGGGCCACUUCCUGCUGACUAACCUCCUUCUGGACACCCUGAAGCAGUCGGGAAGGCAGGACUCUUUCGCCCGAAUCGUAACCAUCUCCUCGGCUACGCACUAUGUGGCGGAUCUUGACCUUGAGGAUCUCCAGAGCAGGUCCUGCUACUGUGCCCAUGGCGCUUAUUCUCAGAGCAAACUGGCACUGGUCCUGUUCACGUACCGCCUGCAGGAGGAGCUCACUUCCCAGGGCUUCCCAGUGACAGCCAACGCUGUGGACCCAGGCAUGGUGGACACUGACCUCUACCAGAACCUGUGCGGUCCCACUCAGCUGCUCAAAAGGCCUGUGGCCAGGCUUUUCUUCAGGACCCCAGCCGAGGGAGCCUCCACGGCCAUAUACGCCGCUGUCGCCCCCGAGAUGGAGGGGGUGGGCAGCUGCUACUUGUACAAUGGACAGAGGACACGCUCUUCAGAUGCCUCCUAUGAUGAGGACCUGCAGGUCCAGUUGUGGAGGCUGAGUCGUGCUCUCGUGGGCCUCCCAGUCGAAGGGAAGAGAGCAAACUGAGCAAACCUCCCCCCCCCCCGAGCUCUGCUGUAUCCCCUCGGAGAGAGCCUGCUUUUUAUCCGCCAACACAAAAGAGGAGCCCCUGCCUAUUUUCCCCUCCAAAGCUUUCAACUGGAAAGAAAAUAACAGCCUGGUGAGGGAACUCUUUAGCGGUCUGAAUUCUGCCAAAUCUGCCAUAUUGGAGCAUCCGCAAGCAUUCACCAUCCUCCAAACAUGGUGCAAUUAGUCUGCCGGAGAUCUACAGGUAGACAUGGAACACUGGUACUUUGGACCCCCAUUUAAACCCCAUUUUAACCCCAUUUUCUUUAACGCCCCCCAUAACCAUUUCAAUUCCCUCAACUGGUAAAACUUAAAGAACUAACCCAUGUAACAGAAGGUUGUAUUUAUUGAUUUAUAAUCCUUGUCCUUAUCACUUGUGCACUGUCAUAAAGUGCUCAUGGCUGCCACCAGACCUAAGAGUCUCCUUUGUCCGUUGGCAAUCAACGUAUGUUGACUGUCCCCUCUGCCUGUUCAUGGGUGAUGUUUUUAUGAAUGAAACCCUGCGCAUUCAUAGUUACUGUAAUGCCCAGCUGUGGUUUGCGUAUUCAUGUGCUCUGUGGCGACAUUACUUAUGUUCUAUCUGUGUAAGGUCUUGCUUGUACUCCAGCACGCUUUGUCUGCAUCAGCUGCCUCCGAGAUGCAUUUUACGCAAGUCAUCUGAUGACAUCAAUGGAUUGCUUCAACCCGUUUUUACUGUGGCGAGGAAUAAAGCUAACAAUAAUUAGCAGAUGCUAAGCUCUAUGGGGCUACCUCGCAAGUCCUGCUUUGUCCUUGAAUCAGGUGCAAGAGUUCCAAUAACAUUGAGAAGUAUAUAUCUUGUGUAAUUUUUGUGUCGCUCUUGACAGAAAUUUUCCCGCGGACGCUAAGCUUGUUUGUUGUUUUGAUGUCUGAAAUAUCAUUGUGGAUGCUACCUUUUGUUUGAUGUGUAUCCAGAACAAUCCUUGUGAAUAUGUCCAGGCAAUAUGCAAAGUCAAAUUCUUUACCAGUACCACUGCAUCUGUUUGUUCAGUAAGAUGGUCAGAAGACAAAAUGGCACUUCAGCAUCAGCUUUCUGUUCUGUGUUUCAAUGUUUUUGGUUGAUUAUGAUGCACUUUGAUCAUGGCACAUUCCUUACGUGAUUCAAGUCCAGAAAUUGAUUAAAGAUCCGUAUUUCCCAGUGCUAGAGAUCAAAAUAAAGACUUUACUAUGGGC